CCCGCAAACCUCAAAGCUCCGCCACCCACCUCAGCUCAGCCCAAAAUCGCACACCUCACCACCACCAACCACCAACCACCAAAGCCGAAGUCGCACGCUGAAGAACCGGGAUAUAGGAUCUGGAGCAGUCCGCCAGUCUGCCGUCCAUCGCAUUGGGAGACGUGUUGGUCCUUGACUGGACUCGCCGAAGCGUGUUGCUCGCUAGUUCCCCGGUCCUGUUAUCGCCAGGCCUGUCACGUUGCUGCCAGCCCAUGCAUGACCUGGCCUGGCAAACCCAGCUCCAUCAGGUCCGUCACGGCCACCUACUGGCUCUCGGAAGCCCAACGCAACGUCGUUUCUUAGCGGUGCCACCGUGGCUUGGCUAGUUAUUUACCGCUUCUGUCACUGCAUCUCCAAAAGGACGUGAAUUGGCCAUUCUCGAUAUUUUUCUAGUUUUUCUCUUGUGAUCCUUGGUGCUUCAUUCCGUUUGACUUUCUCAUGAGCAAGGGAAGAGGAGGACGAGAGGAAAAAGCGGCAGCAAGGAGACCAUCCUGAUUAGAAGAAAAAAGAGUGCAGUGGGGACACCCGGAACCGGCAUCUCUCUCACAGCGCUCCAUCAAGCGCCGUCGGAAUAAUGUGCAUUGCGCUUCUGUCCACGGCGCACCCCAGAUACGCCCUCAUCGCCCUUGACAACCGAGACGAGUACAUUCUCAGACCCACCAGUCGGCCGCAUUGGUGGACCCAUAAGGCUUCGGGCACCCGGAUCCUGUCACCUCGGGACUUGCACCGCCGUGAACGUGGCACCUGGAUGGGCAUCACGAGCACCGGUCGUCUUGCCAUUCUCACCAAUUACCGGGAGUCCAGCGAGGAUGAUCCAGAUCACGCUAUUGCCGGCGUGCGCAGCCGUGGCGCUUUGCCGACAGCAUGGCUAAGUGCCCCAGCUGACGAGACACUUGACCACUUUGUGAAGAGAAUGGUCGACGACCCCGCGACCAAGGCUUCAGGAGGCUUUUCGCUCAUUUGCGGCGACCUCAAGAAUAAGACAGAUGACGCCAUCGAGCCAUUGGCUGUUAUCUCAAACCGAUGUGAUGAGCUAGCCAGCGUACCUCGAAUCGCUGGUGAAAGAGGGGCAACGUACGGGCUGAGUAAUACUAUCUACGUUGAGCCUCCAACCUGGCCCAAAGUCAAGAGGGGCAAACAGCUACUAGAAGCCACGAUACAAGAGGCUAUUGAAACUGAUUUAGACGAAGAGGCUCUAAUGGACCGAUUCUUCACGCUUCUUGAAGACAACACCAUACCUCUGCGGCCGGACAUGUCAAUGCAGGACCACAUGGACGUUCUUCGACAAUCCAUCUUUAUUCCCGCAUUUAGCGACACUGAGGGGUGGAAGUAUAUGGCCGACGCGGUACAGAAUGGUAAAGCAAAGGCGGCAUUCGAUGCCAUCGAGGGCGAGAGCGAUUCCGACACGCAAUUGCCAGCUGAUCCUCAUGUCAAUUUCAUGAAUGGCGCGUACGGAACGCAAAGACAGACGAUAAUUCUUAUCGACUGGGAAGGAAAUGUCACUUACAAGGAACGAGCAUUAUGGGAUUCUCACGGAAAUCGGCUGGAAAAAGGCCAAGGUGAUGUUAUUUUUAAGUACAAGAUAGGGGAACCUUCGCCAGGAGAAUAGUUUAAUAGCGCACCUCAUGAAACAAUUCAUUAUAAGGAUUUGCAAA